AUGCUAAUCAUCGAACGUUUCGAAAAGCGGAAAGUAUUACUUACUUCAAUGGCAGGUGUAAUUUUUGCGCUUAUUUGCAUGGGAUUUUCAUUUGGAUAUGUUAGCCGUGAUUCCAUAAUUACUCAACCUCUGAAUGCAACUCUUGAAGAUGUCAUUCCGGAUUUUAUUCCGUAUUUCAAGCAUUGUGCUCAGCUUGAAAACUGUAAUUUAUGUACAAAAGACGAACACUGCGGUUUUUGUAUGCCUAAUAAUUUUCCAACUUAUGGGUAA